UGUGAGCCGCAGGGCAGGAGCGAGCCGUGCAGGGGGACGCAGGGGACGGCCGCCGGGUCAGUGAUUUCCCCCCAUCUCCGGUGAGCCUGGGGAACGUGCAGCUCAAAGCCGCCGCCAGCCACAGCACCAUGUACCCCGGCAACAAGCGGAAAAAGCUCUGGAAGGAGGAGAAAGAGCGUCUGUUGAAGAUGACCUUGGAGGACAGACGCAAAGAAUACUUGAGGGAGCAUGUUCCAUUGAAAGACAUUCCAACAUGGAUGGAAGAAAUGAAAAGUAAGAACCAAAGUGACGAUGAAAAAACUAAGGAAGCUUUGCAGGUGAAGAAAAGUCUGAGUGAGAAGGUUUCUCUCUACAGAGGUGACAUUACAUUGCUUGAGAUUGAUGCUAUAGUUAAUGCAGCUAAUUCCAGUCUUCUUGGAGGUGGAGGGGUGGAUGGCUGUAUACACAGAGCUGCUGGGCCCUGCCUAGUUGCUGAAUGUCGCAACUUGUGUGGCUGUGAGACUGGACAAGCUAAAAUUACUUGUGGAUAUGACCUGCCUGCCAAAUAUGUCAUUCAUACUGUGGGACCAAUAGCAAGAGGCCAUAUCAGUGAUACUCAUAAAGAAGACCUGGCAAGUUGUUAUAAAUCAUCCCUGAAACUGGCAAAAGAAAACAAUAUCAGAUCAAUUGCAUUCCCCUGUAUUUCAACCGGAAUUUAUGGUUUUCCAAAUGAGCCUGCUGCCGUUAUUGCCCUUACCACUAUUAAGGAAUGGUUGAACAAGAAUCACAAUGAGAUGGAUCGUGUCAUCUUCUGCGUCUUUUUGGAGGUCGACUACAAAAUUUUCAAGAAGAAAAUGAGCGAAUAUUUCCCCACAGAUGAUGAUAAUGAAGAGGAGACUGAGAUAAAUGAGGAUACAGAGGGAUUGGAACAAAAAGCCCAGUCACCAUCUCCCAUGAAGUGCAAAGUAAAGAAAUCUGAGAACCUGAAGGAUGAUAAUGAGGAUGAUAAUAGCAGAGAAGAGACGCAAAGUAAUGAAGAAACUGAGGGCCAGAGCCAAGAAGCAGAUGAGGCAAAACAUACAGCUGUACCCAGCCCACCAUCAGAAGAAGGAAUAGAGCUGUGCGAGGAUAAAGAUUCCUCAAAAGAUUCCAAAGCCACACAAGAGAAUGACCCAGCACAUCAUGCAAUAUGUGAAGAAGAUCAAGAUGAAGGACCACAGGAUGUUUCCACAAUUGAUGAAAUGAAAACUCAGACAGAUUCCCAGAGCUCGUGCAUGGAAACAAAAGAGCCCCUGGCAAAUAAAGAGGAUGCAAUCAAGGUUGAGAAACCAAUGACUCCUACAGUAGAUGAAAAUAAAGAAGAAAGCAAAGAAGAAGAGAGAGGAGAAGCACAAGGGAAAGGGAAGCUAUCUGCAGAGGCAAUGACAGUUGAAAAUCCGUGUGACACAGAAAACAUUUCAAGUAAUGAUGCUGAAAUGAAUAGUCAGGUUGAAAGUAUAAAUGAACAUUCAGAAAUGCAGCCGGAAGAUUAACAAAUAGAGGAACAAUAUGAGAGAAGAGAACAAUGAGGUGAAACGUGAACGGCAGUCAUUAGCAUUGUAUGGCAUCAUUCUAACUAUCGGCAGAAAGCGCAUCGGAAGGUGCCCCAUGGGAUGGGAGGGGCAGGGAAAUAAGGGAAAAUGAAUCUUUGUUUUAAUUCCUCUUAAUUCUCAAUUGCAUUUUGUUCUGUAAACCUGGUUUUUCUGAAAAAGCUUCCCUACUUUGGUCAUGAUGUCCCACUCCAAACAAUCUUUUGCAUUGUCCUGGCAAUUACAACAACUUCUAGGUCCUGUGUAAUAUUGGAGAUGCUUAUUUCCCCCCCUCUAUCACUAGCCUCUGAAUCUCAUUUCCCAAUGAGGGCACAUCAUCCAAGCAGCUGGUGGGAAUGGGAUUUUUUUUGUAUUCUCUGGGAUACAUUUGGGGAUUUGGUUUGAGGACAUGGACUGCCACAAAGCAUCGUAAGCCACAGAACACUGUGUAUCUUAGGAAUUUUAAGAACAGCUGUUCCAAACUAUCACUAUAUUCAUAGUGAAGUUAUUGCACAGUGCCCACCUCCAGCAACAUCAGUCAGGAAUUCCUGACUGCAAGUGCCAGUGCAAAAUAGUUAGAGCUUUUAGAACAAAGACCCUUGCUACUAUGGAGAUAGUAAAAGAGCUAGAAGUGGUGUUUCCUAGUGCACAGUAGAAUCCAACCUAUGCUUCACACCAGGGGUAGGCAACCUAUGGCACGUGUGCCGAAGACGGCACGCGAGCUGAUUUUCAGUGGCACUCACACUGCCCAGGUCCUGGCCACCCAUCCGGGGACUCUGCAUUUUAAUUGAAUUUAAAUGAAGUUUCUUAAACAUUUUAAAAACCUUAUUUACUUUACAUACAUCAAUAGUUUAGUUAUGUAUUAUAGACUUAUAGAAAGAGACCUUCUGAAAACGUUAAAUUGUAUUACUGGCAUGCGAAACCUUAAAUUAGAGUGAAUAAAUGAAGACUCGGCACAACACUUCUGAAAGGUUGCCGACCCCUGCUUCACACUAUAAGCUUGGAAAUCUGGAUGCUUCUGGAUGUUGUAUUGCUGUAUUGCUCACCGGGAGAAUGGAGACGUCUAUUGCCCAUUGCUGAUCUCUUUAAAUCUUGAGUAUGCUUAGCAUAUCCUUUGCAUUGUAUCUGGUCAUAGCACAGCAUGUGAUGCAAAGUAAUGCCACAAUGACCUAAUGCAGUUAGUGCAUCAAUUCUCUUCUCUUCUAGGGAUUUGCACUUAUAAAAGUAAAUAAUUGUUUUAAGUGGGUAUUUAAAGUACCCGUGGGCAACUAAUAUUUUGCACAGCCUGUGAGUAAUGGAGGAGAACAGGCAUUCUGCAUCCAGCACAUCUUUAAAUAUAGUUUAUGGCUUUCACAAAUUUACCGUACCUUGUGUCAGCCCUCAUUAUAUUUUCUACUGCAUAUGCAUGAUUUUUAAAAAUGCAAUUAACAGUUAUUUGGUUAAGAAUGUUUUACCAUAUGUCAUUUGUUCUGCCAGCAAGUGCUGCAUUCAGAAAAGAGGGCUUAUGUACAUUUGUUCAACAGUACUGUAAAUGAAAUUGAUACACAAGACUGAAGGAACGCACAGCAUGUGUCCAGGGUUUGAUGUUCUGCAAAAUAUAACGGUGUUAAAAACAAUUAGAGCUUUUUUUCUUUUCUUUUUUCCCGAGCUUCUGGUUUUGCUUGAAUGUGUACACUCUUCCCCACAAUCCUGUAAUGAUUACUGAUUGGCUUGCAAACAAAACAAAACAAAAGUGAAAAGAAACUGAAAUGUAUUGGCCCUAUUCUGAUCAAUGCAUUUGUGCCAAAUUCACACUGAUAUAACUGUGAGCUCUAUAUGUAUAUAAACAGUUUGACGGCUGCUGGCAUUUGCAGUUUGUUUAGAAAUAAUGACGGGACAAACCAGGAUCUAAAACAAGACCUCCAGAUUUGUUGUGGGGAUGCGGCCACUAGCAGUGCCUGACAUCUUCCAAUAACCUGCUUUUAUGUACCUCUAGCAUUGGAGCCGCUUGAUGAGCCCAGGGGGGAGGAGGGCAUUGUCUGCAGUCACUUCCUGUGGCAUUGUUAGGGAACACGGGGCGGGGGCUUCCAAGGCUUUUGGAUUUUUGUUUGGAGGCUAGUAGAUAUUUCACUUUGAGCCUGAUUAACUUUGAAAGAAACUAGGUUUCAGAUGUAAUUAAUCCUGUUAGUUCCUAUUAAAACAGUGCCAGGAUUGUACUGUACUUGCUAUGUUGGGUCAGAAUAGGGAUAGCUCAGUGGUUUGAGCAUUGGCCUGCUAAACCCAGGGUUGUGAGUUCAAUCCUUGAGGGGGCCACUUAGGUAUCUGGGGUAAAAUCAGUACUUGGUCCUGCUAGUGAAGGCAGGGGGCUGGACUCGAUGACCUUUCAAGGUCCCUUCCAGUUCUAGGAGAUGGGAUAUCCCUUCCUCUACCCUUAGACGCUUCUAUGCCUCUUUCCUUUUCCAUUCCUGUUAGCUCGACUGAAGGUAUCUUCGGGGCCCCACACGGACCCCAGCCCUAAAUGUUAUUUUCCUUCUGUCCCUACAUUUGUGUUUGGCUGAUUCAAGUUGCAGCAGUCAAAGGACCAGCAGACUGUGUAUCUGCGUGAUGCACAUACAGUAUGUUUCAUUAUCAAAUGAUUUGUCUUUAAAUAGUCUGUCAUAAUAGAACCGAUACCGUCUCUGGGGAAAAAGAUAAAUAUAUUAGGUAACAAUAAUGUUAAACCUCCGUUUGUGUGUUCUCUUUAAAAAGGCAAAGAUUGAAGGGCUCCCUUUGUUUGUAGAGCUAGGGAAACUCCUCCAUAAAGCAUGUGGAAAGUCAAUUGGUGUAAGCUUUCUAAAGCCUGGUGGGAAACUGUCUGGGCCAGAUCUUCAGCUAAUUUGAAUUGUCACAGCUCCAUUGAGUGUGGCUGAGGUCGGACAAUAUCCACACGUCAUGGAUCUGGUCCUAUGUAUUUAAUUCUGAAGUUGUACGUGUCUGAAGGUCACAGUCUUCCACAUACAACACUAGAGAACUGCAGGCUGCUGCUAGCUAGUAUCCUAUGUGCCCCUCAAACAUUAGCGAGACUCAGGCUCAGCAGGGAGCAGCUCAAGGCGAGAGACUGAUUAAAGAGGUGUGUUCAAAAAUAUACAGAGAGACAAGACAAUCCUUAAACGCCUUGGCAAUACUGACUGGUAUUACCAAUAAUUAGCUCCACACGUAUUUCAGGUUAGAGGCUCUCCUUAUAACCCGUGACAGUAAUUUCAUUGCUACCCUCGUUUAACCUUGGUUCUCUUUAAAAGCAGUGAUUCUUUGAAGCUGUGGAACUUUUGCCCGAGGACUCUGCAGCAAGUGUGAAGCACAGGCAGGAAGUGUAGAGAAAGAAAAUGUAUGAGUUGAUUAAAUCUUAACCGUCCCAUUUUCAGUCAUGAGUGUGUAGCUUGGUUUCCGUGCUUUUUUUGUUAAUGUGACUUUGGGGUUGCAUUUGUUUAGUAUUUUUUAAUUAAAAAAUGAAUAAAAUGAUGUACGCACAGUUAGGCGAUAUGAUUCUGAGCUCUUUGGUUAUUGCUGGACGGGUGCACCCUGAAUGCAGCCACAAUUGAUUUUGCUGGAGCUACAGAAGUAGAGAGGAGGUGUAGAAGAAUAAAUAUCAGAAAUGGAUUAAUGCCACUAUAACAGGGGGUUUGGUUAACAACUAAAAUUUUAUCACAGUAUGUUCUGUGUAGAAAAUAGAACCCCUAAAUUAGUGGUUUUUGCAUCCAAAUAUUAGAAUCUGCUUUCAAUGUUCCAGUUGAAAAAAGUGCUUAUUCUACAAUUAGGAGCAGCAAUCUAUUUUUCCUCCUGCUAGUGAUGGCUCUGAUGAUGGACAUGUUUCCUUUCAUACAGGCUUACAAAGGAGAUGUCUGAGACACUGUCUAAUAUUGGGUCACAUAUUAUUCACUACAGCUAAUUGUAAAUCUUUCUAUGACGCACUGAAAAGCCUCUUUGUGAAUUAACACUGUUCUGCUUUAUGCAUUUGAUUAAAAAAGAUAUUUCUCUAUACGCAGUGCAUGUCUGCUUUGCUUUUAAAAUUACAAAGUUAGCAGAAUAUGUUGGAUAUAUUUUCUUGGGGAAUAGGGGUUUUUAUCAUAUGAUUCAUCAAAGAUUUGCCUUACCCUGACAUUUGUGAUAUAAAGGAAAGUCAGAAAAAUGUAAUUUUCUUGAUCAAAAAUAUGUUUUUACUUAAAUGCAAAUAAAUGUAGUCUGUUGCUUGCAAAAUAUGUGGUAUAGUGGCUAAAUAGGUUAACACACGUCUCUUUUGUUAAUCUGAGAUUUACAUGCUGAAUUUGCUUAUGAAUCUGUUAUUUUUUCUUUUGUCUGUGCCAUACAUCUGAAAACUUAAAACUAAUGCUGCCUUCAUACUACAAUGUUUGUUAAAGCAAAAUGUUAAUAAAACUUGUUCUGAGGACAA